UCUCUUGUUGCUGCUUCCAGUUCCCUCCACCUUCCCUGGCGCCUGGGAGUCUUUGGCUCCGUGCAAGAGGACCGCGCUGCGGCAGGGAACGGGGCCUGCCCUUUACGCGCACACGGAUCCCGCAGAGUAGACUCAUUGCUGGUUGCUGGACGCUUUGGACAAAGAGGAAGACUGUACAUGGGCUUUCUCCAAGACUUUCUGGCUGACAGGACUUUCUCCUGCAGGCUGCCUCGGACUGACUUCUUCUUGCAGACUUACCCUUUUGCAGACAGAUUCUUGGGGACUGAGGACUCUCCUGCAGGCUGCCUCUGACGAAAGUGAAAGUUGGAAGGAUGAAGAGGAAAACCAGCGGAAGCAUUUUGGGAGGUACCAGAUGGAGGGAAAAAGAAGAACAGAAAUGAAAAAUGAGAGCCAAAUGGAAGAACAGGAAGGGAUCCUCCCCUUUCUCAUGGUGGAAUUCAACAAAUAAUGCAGAAAGCAAGAGAGAGAAGUAUGUCCUCUCCACAUAGGAAAAGCUCCAGUUCAGAACCAGCCUCUCAACCUCAGUGGGAUAUGCAGCCAGGAGAGAAACUAUAUGACAGUUUGGACUUUGGAAACUGCUUCAGCCAGAGUGGAGAUCUUGUUAAACACCAUAGAACCCACUCUGGGGAGAAACCACAUAAAUGCUUGGAGUGUGGAAAGGGCUUCAGCAAGAGUGGAAGCCUUACUAAGCACCAUAGAACCCACACUGGGGAAAAACCUUAUGAAUGUUUGGUGUGUAGGAAGCGCUUCAGCCAGAGUGGAGUACUAACUAGACAUCAUAGGAUCCAUACUGGGGAUAAACCUCAUGAGUGUUUGCAAUGUGGAAAGAGCUUCAGCACACGUGCAAACCUUAAUUUACACCAUAGAAGCCACACUGGAGAGAAACCACAUAAGUGCAUCGAGUGCGGAAAGAGCUUCAGCCAGAGUGGAGCUCUUGGUUUACACCAUAGAACUCACACUGGGGAGAAAAAACAUAAGUGCAUGGAGUGUGGAAGGAGCUUCAGCACAAGUGGAGCUCUUUCUUUACACCAUAGAACUCACACUGGGGAGAAACCACAUAAGUGCAUGGAGUGUGGAAAGAGCUUUAGCAUGAGUGGAAACCUUACUCGACAUCAUAGGAUCCACACUGGGGAAAAACCACAUAAAUGUUUGCAAUGUGGAAAGAGCUUCAGCACAAGUGGAGACCUUAUUAGACAUCAUAGGAUCCACACUGGGGAGAAACCACAUAAAUGUUUGCAAUGUGGAAAGAGCUUCUGCACGAAGGGAGACCUUUAUAUCCACCAUAGAACCCACACUGGGGAGAAACCAUAUAAGUGUAUGGAAUGUGGAAAGAGCUUCAGCAUGAGUGGAAACCUUACUAUACACCAGAGAACCCACACUGGGGAUAAACCACAUAAAUGUUUGGAGUGUGGAAAGAGCUUCAAUUCAAGUGGGAAUCUUAAUGAACACCAUAGAACUCACACGGGCGAGAAAUCACAUAAAUGUUUGGAGUGUGGAAAGAGCUUCAGCACAAAUGGAGUUCUUAAUUUACACUUUAGAACCCACACUGGGGAAAAACCUUAUGAAUGUUUCUUGUGUAGAAAGUGUUUCAGUACGAAUGGAGCUCUUAAUAGACACCAUAGAACUCACACUGGGGAGAAACCACAUAAAUGCCUGGAGUGCGGAAAGAACUUCAGCACCAGUGGAGCUCUCACUUCACACCAUAGAAGGCACACUGGGGAGAAACCACAUAAGUGCAUGGAGUGUGGAAGGAGCUUCAGCACAAGUGGAGCUCUUACUUCGCACCAUAAAACUCACACUGGGGAGAAACCACAUAAGUGCAUGGUAUGUGGAAAGAGCUUUCUCCAUUGUGGAGAUCUUAAUAUGCACUACAGAACGCACACAGGGGAGAAACCACAUAAAUGCUUGGAGUGUGGAAAGAGCUUCAGCAGAAGUGGAGCUCUUACUUCACACCAUAGAACUCACACUGGGGAGAAACCACAUGAGUGCAUGGAGUGUGGAAAGAGCUUCAGCACAAGUGGAGCUCUUAUUUUACACCAUAGAACCCACACUGGGGAGAAACCACAUAAAUGCUUGCAGUGUGAAAAGAGCUUCAGCACAAGUGGAGCUCUUACUUCACACCAUAGAACUCACACUGGGGAGAAACCACAUGAGUGCAUGGAGUGUGGAAAGAGCUUCCGCCAGUGUGGAGCUCUUACUUUACACCAUAGAAGCCACACUGGAGAGAAACCACAUAAGUGCUUGGAGUGUGGAAAGAGCUUCAGCACGAAUGGAGCUCUUACUUUACACCAUAGAACUCACACUGGAGAGAAACCACAUAAGUGCUUGGAGUGUGGAAAGAGGUUCAGCCAGAGUGGAGCUCUUACUUUACACCAUAGAACUCACACGGGGGAGAAACCACAUAAAUGCUUGGAGUGUGGAAAGAGCUUCCACCAGUGUGGAGAUCUUAAUAGACACUAUAGGACACACAUGGGGGAGAAACCACAUAAACGUUUGCAGUCUGGAAAGAGCUUCUGCUGGAGAGUACAGCUUACUAGACAUUGUAGGACCCACACUGGGCACAAAACCACACGAAUGCUUGGAGUAUCAAAAGAGCUUCAGGAGGAAGGCAAGCCUUACUGAACAUGAGCAAACUCAUAGGGGGUAAAAAUCAUAAACAGGAAACUGAAGACAGACUCAAGAAUCCGCCUCACUGUAACAUAGAAAACCUUGAGAACGUUCUUCUUCUGAUUCAGCUUGCUUUUACCCCUGUUACCUUCUGAGGGGAUUGGGACCCAGUGUUGACAGUAGUGUUUGGGGGCCUGUUUAUGAAUAAAUGAGCAUAAUUGGUACCAAGUGAUUCAUCAACAAGAGUGUUCCACAGCAUACACCAUUUUUUCAUUGACUCUGAAUACAUUUCUGUAUUGCUCAGACAAUACUGAGCUUGAUGGACCAAUGGCAUGACCGAGUCUGGGAGCUCCAUAUGUUCUUCCAGAGCGCCCAUAGCUCAGUGGAAGAGCAAAUGCUUUUCAUGCAGAUGGUCCCAUGCUCAGCCCCUGGCAACAUAUCCAGGUAAGGCUGAGUUUCUAGAAUGGCAAAAGAGCACCUGCUUUGCAUGAGGAAGGUAGCAGGUUCUAUCCCUGGCAGUAGCUCCAGGUAGGGCUGUGGCCGACCCCACCUAAUAGCUUGGAGAAUUGCUGCCAGUCAGUGUAGACCACGGCUGAACAACUUUAGCUAUCCAAAAACUCCAGAUCCUUUAUUCUUCUUGAGUCUUCUCUUUUAUUCCUAGAUAAUUGCCUAUUAAUUUCAAUUUUAAUUGCUGCGUUUCAACAACAUCAUUGGAUGUUUCCCGGCUUUGUCUCUGGUUGGCUUGGAUGCUCUGAGAGAUUAGUGCAUUUUGAUCCCCCCAAAAACGUUACGGGAUGUAAAAAAUGCAAUAGCAGUUCUCUGUUGGAAUAAAACAGAAAGCUUUCUAAGCAACCUAAGAUUGAUACUUUCCUGACAUCUCAAGAGGCUAUGAGUACUGAUAAAAUCCCAGUAGCUAACAGAUUUGAGUGUCUAGAAAAUGAUCUAUGGCUGGAAGCUCUAUUUUAGGGAGAUAAAGACAAAGAGGAGGCUAUUAAAGCAGCGAAUACUCCCCUCUGGUCAACUUCAUUGCAAUCUGAGGCAACUCACAACAACGUGCUGCCUUUAGAUCUUAGUCAAUUCAGGGCUCUGCAUAGUCUCCCUCAAGACUCUGAGGCUACCUCCUUCCUUUUAAAGUCAAUUUCUGACCCUUAAAAAAAACCUCAGUCUUAACUUAAACUUUGAUAUGCCCUUUUCAACAGCUUUUGGCUAUUACAGCAAAAUUAGAUGAUAUCAAGGCAUUGCUGAACAAACUAAGCAGGGGGUGAAUCUCAAGCUAAGCGUGGGAAGGGUAUGUUAAACACAAAACCUCUUUUGAAGUGGUGGAGGUGUGGAGAGGCACCUCUUACCGUGGUGUUUCUCUUUAUUUAGCAGGGGGAGAGUAACUGGCCCUAUCUACCCCCAGCACAGUACCUCCAGUGACUGUUGCUGGUAUCUGUCUUAUGUUUCUUUGUAGAUUGUGAGCCCUUUGGGGACAGGGAGUCAUCUUAUUUAUUUAUUAUGUCUCUGUGUAAACUUCCCUGAGCCAUUUUUGAAGAAAAUUAUAGAAAUCAAAAUAAUAGGAAAAUUAUAGAAAUAAUAGAAAAUAAUAGAAAUUAUAGAAAAUUAUAGAAAUAAAAAUAACAACAACAACAACAACAAAUUAUGCCUCCAAAAGAAUCCUUCAGCCUAACCAGAUUUUGUUAACAGUUUACUUAAACUGAUUAAAUGUGGGACGCUGGGAAAAUAAAAUGUGUAUCAUUCAUUCUCUAAGUCAGAUCUUGUGAUUUAGACCUAAUUCAGUUGAUUUACAGUUCUUUGUUAAAAAGCCAAGGAGCCUUUUGAAAUUAGACUUUUACUUUCAUUUGAACAGUUGCUAAUUCCCGCAACCCUGAUUUGUAUGCCUGGUUACCUAAAUAGUCUGGAAAUCUUUCCUCAGAGGGUUUUUUUCAACCCAGAGAACCAAUCUAUGUUUUCAGAAAAUGCCUCAAGGUGGUACUAUAUUGGGCCGCAGCGAUCUAGGAAGAUGCUGAAAGGCAUCAUCAUCUCAUACUGCACGGGAGAAGGCAAUGGGAAACCCCUCCUGUAUUCCACCAAAGACAACCACAGGGCUCUGUGGGCACCAGGAGUCGAAAUUGACUUGAAAGCACACUUUACUUACUUUACCAAAUUAGGUUGCUUAGUAAUCAGAAUCCCUAGGUAUUUCAGGGAGUUUGUUUUCCAUGUAAAGGGCCAUGGUAGUUCCCUGCUAGAAAGAGGUAAUUUUCCUAUAGCCUCAGAUUUGCACCAGUUAAUGUUAUACCCAAAUAGGUCCCCAAAUUGGCAUAACAAUUCCGUAAGUUUAGGAACAGAUUCCUGCUCUUUUGUAAGGAACAGGAGGGUAUCACCAGCAUAUAGUGCAAUUUUCUUCUACUCUUCCCAAAGAGGCUCCAUCCCUAAGGAGAUGGAGUAUCUUACAGUGAGCAUCUUACAGUGCUGCUCACACUUCUAGUCUCCCAUUCAAAUGCACCUCUUUUGUUUAAUAUCUAUUCUGAAGCAAUAUUUAAUGAAGCUUUAUAUGAGGUUGAGGAAGGAAUUGCUGUUGGGGGUGAACUAAUAAAUAAUCUUAGGUAUGCCAAUGACACAGUAUUAUUAUUAUUAUUAUUAUUAUUAUUUACAUUUUUAUCCUGCUCUUUCUCCAACGAGCCCAGAGCGGUGUACUACAUACUUAGGUUUCUCCUCACAACAACCCUGUGAAGUAGGUUAGGCUGAGAGAGAAGUGACUGGCCCAGAGCCAUCCAGCAAGUCUCAUGGCUGAAGGGAGACUUGAACUCGGGUCUCCCCGGUCCUAGUCCAGCACUCUAACCACUACACCACGCUAUAUCUGAUAAUGAGAAUGAAAUACAAGCAAUGUUAAAUAGAGUAGUAGAAACAAGUGCACAACUUGGUCUGACCAUUAAUACCAAGAAAACUAAAGUCAUGCUCAUUACAAUGGGGCAGCCUGAUGUGCCAAAAAUUCUAGUGGGAAAUACUGUAUUAGGUAUAGUAACAUCAUAUAAGUAUUUAGCUUGCAUGUUAAACAAUAAAUGGAAUAAUGCACAAGAAAUAAAAUCAAGCAUAGAGCAAGCAAGGGGUGCUUUUAUUAAAAUGAAAAAAAUUAUGAUGUAACCAUGGACUUAAUUUGAAUUAAAGGAUCAGAAUGACCAAG